GCCCGUGGGAGCGACUGACGCUGCCUCUGAGUGAUUCGACGAGACCUUCCCGAUGGCUUCCACGGGCCUGGAACUCCUGGGCAUGAGCCUGGCCGUGCUCGGGUGGCUGGGGACCCUGGUGUCGUGCGCCCUGCCCCUGUGGAAGGUGACUGCCUUCAUCGGGAACAGCAUUGUGGUGGCGCAGGUAGUGUGGGAGGGGUUGUGGAUGUCGUGCGUGGUGCAGAGCACCGGGCAGAUGCAGUGCAAGGUGUACGACUCGCUGCUGGCGCUGCCGCAGGACCUGCAGGCGGCCCGCGCGCUCUGCGUCGUGGCGCUGCUGCUGGCCCUGCUCGGCCUGCUGGUGGCCAUCACGGGCGCCCAGUGCACCACGUGCGUGGAGGACGAGGGCGCCAAGGCUCGCAUCGAGCUCACCGCGGGGGUUGUGCUGCUGCUGGCCGGGGUCCUGGUGCUCAUCCCUGUCUGCUGGACGGCCCACGCCAUCAUCCAGGACUUCUACAACCCGCUGGUGGCCGAGGCGCUCAAGCGGGAGCUGGGGGCCUCGCUCUACCUGGGCUGGGCGGCCGCAGCCCUGCUCAUGCUGGGCGGGGGGCUGCUCUGCUGCUCCUGCCCGCCCCCCCACCUGGACCGGGCCAGAGGCCCGCGGCUGGGCUACUCCAUCCCCUCCCGCUCCGGCGCAUCAGGCCUGGACAAGAGAGACUAUGUGUGAGGGCCACAGGA